AUGAAUAAUUGUUUCUCAUCAGAUGUAAAUUGACACAAUCUGUGUAUCUGUAAAAUCUUUCUCAAGUUUAAUUUAUAAAUUAAAUAACUACAAUUUAUAAGAACAAACUGAAUAAAAAAGUAUUGAUACUAAUUACAAAUGCUGUCCGAAUUGAAAACGGAGUAAUGAAAAUAUCUGAGAUUCUGAAAUAUUAUAAAUAUUAUCAAACUAAAUUCAGUAUAUCAAUGCGUGGAUUUUAUUACAAAGAAACGACUGGAGAAAAUUUCAAGAUAAGACUUUUCUUAUUUCAAUUAGCAGAAAAGCUAGUCAUAAAAUAUCAAAAUCUAUGCGAAAAAGGAAAAGAAAGCAUGCGAAUAUCAAUGAGAUUGUUAACAAAUGAGAAUAUCAACAGA